UGUACCUAUACCUAUUUGUUUGCAAUUUGUUCUAUGAUUAUUUGUAGUUUAUAUUCCUAUCCACAAAAAAUCUUUCUUUUAAGUAAUUGCUUAAUGAGCCAUGAAAUCGUGUACCAAUUUUACGUAAUACCCAGAGUGUAAAAAAGUAUAUAUAAUUAAUAAAAAAACAUAUGUAUCAAUAAACAAUCUUAUCCAAACCGGUGGAUAUUAAAGAAUAUAACCUUUAAAUCUACAAUUUUAUGCGCCAGUAGCCCAGCAUUUGGCGUAGUUAAAUCUCAUAUUAAUAAAAUGAACCAAUUUAUAGGUUAGGUUUGAAUAAAUAACAAUAUGAAACUGUAUUGCCUGAGCAGCGACGCGUCGAAACCAUGUUUCGUGCUGUCAUUCAAAGAGCUGCUGAUAAUGUUGGACUGCGGGCUGUCGGCUCACUCCGUGCUCAACUUCCUGCCGCUGCCGCCCGUGCCCAGCACGCGCCUGGCCUCGCUGCCCAACUACACCCCACCACACAUUAAUGAUCCUCUCCUAGAAGGGGAGCUCAAGGAGUGCUGCGGUAGAGUGUUUGUGGACAGCGUGCCAGAAUUCUGCCCGCCGCUGGACAAGGUCGUCGACUUCUCACAGUUGGACGUCAUCCUCAUCUCGAACUACACAUGCAUGAUGGCUCUGCCCUUUAUCACCGAAGACACCGGGUUCAAGGGACAGGUGUACGCCACCGAGCCCACAUUGCAAAUAGGAAGGUUCUACCUGGAGGAGCUGUCGGAGUGGCUGUCGGGCGGCGGCGGGUCGGGCGGGUCGGGCGCGGCGCGGCGCUGGAAGGAGCUGGUGCACCUGCUGCCGCCGCCGCUGGCGCAGGCGUCGCGCGCGCGCGCCUGGCGCCGCCUGUUCGCGCCCGCGGCGCUGGCCCGCUCGCUGGCGCGCGUGCGCGUGGUGGGCUACGACGAGCGCCUCGACCUGUACGGCGCGCUCGACGCCACGCCCGUCAGCUCGGGCUUCUGCCUCGGCUCCGCCAACUGGGUGCUGCGCUCCGCGCACGAGAAGGUGGCGUACGUGAGCGGGUCGAGCACGCUGACCACGCACCCGCGGCCCAUCAACCAGGCCGCACUGCGCGGGGCCGACCUGCUCGUGCUGGCCGCGCUCACGCAGACGCCGGCGCACAACCCCGACCACAUGCUGGGCGACCUGUGCGUGCACGCCACGCUCACGCUGCGCGGCGGCGGCUGCGUGCUGUGCCCCGUGUACCCGAGCGGCGUGCUGUACGACCUGCUCGAGUGCCUGUCGGCGCACCUGGACGGCGCCGGGCUCGCGCACGUGCCGCUCUACGUCGUGUCGCCCGUGGCCGACUCGUCGCUGGCCUACAGCAACAUCCUGGCCGAGUGGGUGUCGGCCGGCAAGCAGGCGCGCGUGUACGUGCCCGACGAGCCCUUCCCGCACGCGCAGCUCGUGCGCGCCGGCCGCCUGCGCCACGCGCGCGCGCUGCACGACCUCGCCUUCAGCGCCGACUUCCGCCAGCCGUGCGUGGUGUUCUGCGGGCACCCGAGCCUGCGGUUCGGCGCGGCCGUGCACCUGCUGGAGCUGUGGGCGUCCAACCCGGCGCACGCCGUCAUAUUCACUGAACCGGACUUCCCGCACGUGGAGGCGCUCGCGCCGUUCCAGCCGCUCAGCAUGAAGGCGUUCCACUGUCCCAUCGACACGUCGCUCAACUACUCGCAGGCCAACAAGCUCGUGCGCGAGCUGCGGCCGCGCGAGCUGGCGCUGCCCGAGCAGUACGCGGCGUGCGCGGCGGGCGGUGCGGGGGCGGGCCGGCCGCACAUCAGCGCCGACGUGCCCACCGUGGUGGUGCGGCGCGGCGCGGCGCGCUCGGCGGCCGUGCGGCGGCGCGCGCUGCGCGGCACGCUGUGCGGCGCGCUGGCGGCCCGCGCGGCGCCGCGCGAGCUGGGCGAGCUGGGCGCGGGCGGGCUGCGCGCGGCGCCGCUGGCGGCCGAGCUGCGCGUGCGCGACGCGCGCGUGGAGCUGGCGCCGCCGCCCGCGCCGGCCGCCAGCGCGCGCCUGCACUGGAGCGCGCUGGACGUGGAGGCGCUGGUGCGCGCGCUGGCGCGGGAGGGCGUGGGCUCGGCGCGCGUGGAGGCGGGCGCGGACGGCUGCAUCGUGCACCUGCCGCGCCACGACACGCUGGUGCACGUGGAGCGCGGCGCCACGCACGUGUUCUGCGAGGGCCGCGCCGACGUGCGCCAGGCGCUGCGCCGCGCGCUCAACGCCUGCCUGCCGCACAUAUGAGGCCUUCCCGCUCGGUGUGCCUAGUGCGAGUUUUCAUCGAGUACGAAACUUUACUAUC